AUGACUCACACGAUCGUGCUCGGCAAGCGGAAGACGCACGGCAGCGGCGAGCGGCCUCGCCUCAUUCAAUGGCUGCUCCCGCCGUUCCUCCUCGUCGUCGCAACAGUCGCCGGGCUGUCGCACUGGAGCCUGUCGCGCGACAAGAGCGACUUCACGGUUCUCAACGGCAAGGCGCUGCUCAAAGCGUCGCAGAAAAUCGCGAAUCUGUGGAAAGCGAGCGGCGAGACGGGGGAACUGAGCGGGUAUCUUGCAGAUGGUAGCGAAGACGCGUAUAUCGGGAAUGGUGGGAGGGCGGGCGAGGUGGAUCCGUGGAGGUGCGCGGACGGCAGUGGGGGGAACGAAUGCGCCCAUGCCGCCGCGGUGAUUCUUGCAGAGGGCUCUCUAUCGGAGCGUGUGCACGCGGUGUGCGCGGCGUAUGCGCUGACGGCGCUCACCAACAUGCCCACGCUCGCCCUCUGGCCCGCCGACCGCCACCUGCCCGCCACCACCUUCCGCCACCUCUUUUCCGCCCCCCCCGCGCCCAACAGCAGCCGCAGUCGCAGCAGCGGAGGGGAGGGGGCGGAGGGGUGGGGAGUGAGCGGGGGGGAGGGCGGGGUGUGGGUGCGCGACCUGCCUGUGCGCAGCGACGCGCUGAAGGCGCAACUGGCCUCCACGCCGCAGCAGCAGGUGAGGCAUGAGGGCGGUGCGGCUUGUGCUUGGGCGCUCAUGCAUCACCAUUGCGAUCAUCCCAUCGCCAUCCCCAUCGCCAUCCCCAUCCCCAUCGCCAUCCCCAUCCCCAUCGCCAUCCCCAUCGCCAUCCCCAUCCCCAUCCCCAUCCCCAUCCCCAUCCCCAUCCCCAUCCCCAUCCCCAUCGCCAUCCCCAUCCCCAUCGCCAUCCCCAUUCCCAUCCCCAUCGCCAUCCCCAUUCCCAUCCCCAUCGCCAAGGGCAGGUGGUGCUGCGGCCAUGCAGGGGCAGGCCCACAUGGAGCAGCAGCAGCAGCAGCAGGGGCGGCGGAGGGCGAGGGAGAGGGAGCGGGUCUGUUCCUGGGGGGACAGGGCGAAGCUGCGAGGGUGGCGCAAGGGAGGGUGGAGGUGGAGGGAUGCGAGUAUGAGCGGCGGGUGGAGGAGUGUCUGGGCGCCCUGGAGCCGUCCCCGUUGGUGGCGGCGCUGGUGCUCAAGGAGGACGUGCACCGCCUCGCCACCUCCACUGCCUUCUACGUUGAUCCUCUCGGCCCCUCAGGCUGUGCGGGGUGCAGCGAGGAGUCGGAGUAUUCACCUCCCAUGUGCGCCAUGCGCCGCAUCGCCAUGACCUACCUCGCUGACCGCACCGUCUCCUUCACCCUCGCCGCCCACUCGCCCGCCCACGUGCCGCAAAUCAUGGACUACUUCCCUCCCGCCCGCUCCCCGCUGCUGCUCCACGCCACCCAAUCGCGCAUUGCCACGUGUCAGCUGGAGGAGGAGGUUGAGGUGGAGGAGGGGGAGGGAGGGGAGAAGGGGGUGGGGGGUGGAGAGGAGGAUGUGGUGGGGGGAGAGGUGUCUAAUGCGGUGCCAUCAGCUGCAGGUGGGUUCAAAGCAGUGCCUUUAUCUACAGGUGGGUUCAACGCGGUGCCAUCAGCUGCAGGUGGGUUCAAUACGGUGUCUUUAGCUGCGGGUGGGUUUGCCAUGUUUUGCACGAUGCUGAACAGCAGCGCCUUAGAGCUGACUUCCCCCCUCCCCCCCUCUUCUCGCCCAUGUUCUCCUUCCACAGCUACCGGAACUCUUCUCAUUGAACCUAGCAGGGGCGCUGGUCGACAGCAGCGCCCUCCCCCCUCCUUCCCUCAAUUCCCUCAUCCCCCCCCUCCACUGCUCCCCUUUCCUUUCCCUUCCCCGCCUCCCAUAGCCGGGCUGGUGGCGGUCAACAGCAGCGCGCUCGAGCCGCGCUUCAUUGCCGCCCAGGCCGCCCGGCGGUUGCCGUCCUUUCGCCUGCACGUGUCCGUGUGCGGGCGGCAUGAGAUCCGGCCAAUCACGAAGCAGAAGUGGUCCAUGUUCACCAUGGUGGAAGAGAAGCUGAAGCUGUUCAUUUGCACGGUGCCCAAGGUGGCGGCCAACUCGUGGCUCAUGUGGCUGCGCGCCAUGCUGGGGCAGCCGCACCCAGAGGACCCGCUGCUGGCGCUGGACGAUGACAGGGCGGGCUGGCACAUGCUGCACGUGCACUUCACUGAGAAGCAGGCCGUGCGGGCAAUGACGCGGCCGGACCUGUUCCGCUUCACGUUUGUGCGCAACCCCUUCUCGCGAGUGCUCUCAGCGUACAACAACAAGCUCGUCAUCACCGACUCCCCCAACAACAAGACCGGCCCGGGGUCGAGAGAGUACUGGAACCAUGCGUUUUUCAGGCUGAUUCGGGCACAGUGGGAGGCAGUGAAGAAGGAGGACGACUUGGUGUCAUUCCACGACUUUGUGAAGCUCGUGGGCCUCGUCUUCAAGGAGAGGCGCUGGCACAUGGACCGCCACAUCGCCCUGCAGAGGGACGUGUGUGCGCUGGGGCUGAUCAAGUACGACUUUGUGGGGCGGUUUGAGAGUCUGGAGGAGGAUGCCAAGUAUGUGGUGAACCGAUUCGGAGGCGACCAUCUCGACAUCUUCAACUUCGGCGUCAACGCACACCAGACCCGCGCCGACGAGAAGCUCGUGAAGAUUCCAGCCACCGUUUUGUCUCACGCCGUAGCCAUGGCCCAUCGCAACCGGCCGCAAGCCCGUCGCCCCUUGCCCGAAGGAGCGCCUGGUACGGGGGAUACUUCUUACGAAGCCCCGUGUAAUGUCCCAACCCGCGGACGCUGUGAUGCUGACCGGGUUGCAUCAUCCCGCGUCGUGGACGAUGCUGCCUUCGAUGACGCCGAUUGUGACGACGCCUGCGACGACGACGCGGACUCUGGCGAGGAGGAGGACAAGGGCAUGUCCCCCUCCGAGGAUGACGGUGACGCCGAUGAUGUCGGAGAACCUUCUUCCUACCCCCUAUUCUUCUCCUGCACCUGCUCUUCUCCUGCUGUCUCUCUUGUUUCUCCGUUCUCCGUGUGGUCUGGCCUCACAGCUCUGCUCUCUUGGCGGCUCCCUUCCGCCCCGCGGCGCCUUUCCCUCGGCCCUGCCCACUCUUCCGCCCAUCCCCAUUGCUGCGUGGGCGGGUCGUGCGUCCUCUGCCCUUCCCACCUCCUGAUGUCGCGCUGCUGCCGCCUCUCUGGUGACGGUGACCAGGUGCCUUCCUUCCUGCUGCGCUGCUGGUGGCGCUCUGGCGAGUGCCUUUCUUUUCCGUACCUCUCCCUCCACGGGCGGCGCCACUCGGGCGAGCGGGACCCGCUACUAUCCCUCUCUUCUCUCCGCCUCGGCCGGCCCGACGAGCGCCCCAUGCCGCUGCGUUCCCUAUGCUGCUCACCGCGGCGCUCCUGUGACCCCCGCUCCUCCCCGUGCCUUCCUUCCUGGCGCCCCCUCACCCGUUCCCGCUGCCUGGUCGCCGCCGUCAUUUCCUUCAUCGGCCUCCUCGACUUGCAGCCCCAGGUGCUCCUCAUCUUCUUCCGCGCCCUGCUCCGCUGCCACAUCCUGUGCCGUGUUCUCUUGCAGGAUCCCCACUUGGUCGUCGCCACCCAUGUCUCCUCCCCGUCCCCGAGGACGUUCCCUGUUUCUGGGGAGUUUCCCGGAAGCCUCGCCAACGGCCUCUCUCAUCCCGGCGCCGCUCUCGCUCUUCCGGAGAGCGGAACACUCUUGCGUCGCGGCGGGUUCCACGGUCCUCGCCAGGUCCGCGUGCUCUCUCUCGCAGCCACGCGUCUCUAUCCAUGCCACCGCCGUGCCCGUCGUCGCCUGCUCCCACGCCCGUCGAUCCUUCUUCUCGACGGUCCCGUGCAAGAGGGAUUUGAUCUGCGCGAAAGGCCGGGCGGCGCAGCGAUCGCUCCAAUGACCGCCCUCGUUCACGUGAUGGCUCGCGUCGCGGCCGUUCCUCCUCCCGGCAGCUGA